AUGAACCCAGGAGAGCCUUUCAGUGGGAAGAACCUCCACCAGGCUGUGCACAGGGCGGAUGAUGAGGAGCUGACCACAGUUCUACAGUCAGGAACAGAUGACGUGGAUGUUUAUGACAAAAUGGGUUUCAGUCCUCUCAUGGUGGCAGCACAGAAAGGUUUCACCAGCUUAGUGGACAUUUUGGUGAAGCAUGGAGCUGAUAUUAACAAGAAAGACAGCACUGGAAAAGACAGUUUUGAAAACGUGUUUUUUUUGUCUCUCUGGACUCCUCUCAUGCGUGUGUCAACCAUCAGUGGAAACGCUGCGGUCGCCUCCAUCCUCCUCCAGGCUGGAGCUGAUGUAAACGUCCGUGACAAAGCUGGCAAGACACCACUAAUGGUCGCUGUGCUGAAUAAUCAUGUGGAACUGGUGAAACUUCUGCUUUAUGGUGGAGCAGAUCAUCACAUGAAGAACGAGUAUGGAGCUGGUGCAGCGGAUAUGGCAAAAGCAUUUGGGAGACAGAACAUCAUAAACUUGCUGGAUAAUAUUAGCUUGGAAGAUUCAAAUCGACUGACAUCAACGUACCUGAGCGAGGACAAACAAACACCUUUUCUGAGGAGGCGCAGCACCAAGGUGUCCGGUCAGCCCUCUUCUCUGUGA